AUGGAGCGUAGUGCCAUCGACUCCAUACCUUCCCACACGCUGCCCGUGCCCCCCCCUCAAGCCUUUGGCAUGAACGAACACGCUGGCCAGCAUUACCAUGCCGUGGAUGCGCUCUCUUCCAACGUUUUACCCACUGCACGAGAUCGUAUGACAGCGCCAGAGCCACAGACCAAGCCGCCUUCGACCAAACGACGUAAAAUUAACACGUGUUUUCCUUGCAAGCAGCGUAAGGUUAAGUGCGACCGACAGCAGCCCUAUUGUGGACAGUGCCAGAAGCACCGUAUUCCGGCGGAGCGCUGCAUCUGGUCCUCGGAUAUGGCACUCUCCGCUGACAUGCACAAUGCAGCGGCCACCGCCAUGGCGUACUCCAAACCGGACGCGUCCCACGCAUCCAUGGGCCUGAGCGCAAGUGACUGGGCCGGCGCACAGGGCACAGAACUCGCACUGGACAACGACACACGCGCAGUGAUUGAGCGUAUCAGCCACCUUGAGCAGCGCUUAGCCACGGGUAGUGCGUCCCAGCCCUCAUCCCACGAGCUGCCGUCCUCUUCGACGAGCCAGACGCAGAUCGACCCCAUCCUCCUUGCCGGCACCGGUCUUUCGCUGGGUGAUGUGAAUACCGAUCGCCCAAGUGCAGCCACCAUCCCCCAAGACGCAGCUGUGGCGGCCGAGUUGGCAUUUUGGCGCGCCAAGAUGGAGCAGCACCAGCGCCCCUCUCAGUCCAGCGAAAAUGCACAGAUGGCACAGAUGCAGGCAGAGCAAAAUAUUGCCGCAGAUGCUCUUGCCAUGUUUGCUCGGCACAGCCAGCAAAACACAUUGGCUGGCAAUGAGCAGACUCUUGGUCGAUCUGCCGCCGUCGGCACGAGCUCGGAAGCCAUGCCGCGUCACAGUAUCGUCAAUGCUCUUCUUGACAAUGCGGCCUUUGGAAUGAACAAUGCUGUAGUCCGCAUUCGUGCGGCUCUGGAUAUCCUUCCUGAUACCCAACAAUCUGAUUAUCUCUUGAAGAUCCUACAGACCGUCGACUUGCAUGUGUCCUAUGGAAUUAGUUGGCGUUUGGUCAAGGCUCAACUCGCCACACAGCGCGCCCAGAUUGCUAAUUGGAACCGCAUGCACUCGCCUGUACCAGACAGCUUGGAUGCAUCCUUUUUGGCCCUGCUCCUUGUCCUGCUGGGACUCGCGGCGCAGUACACUGACUCGCGCUUUUUCGUCGAGCAAGGGUUCUGCUCCACUACCGAUCAAGUCGACCCUUAUGUGGAUUCAUGGGUGGACACUGCACAAUCACUACUGGCAGCGGAUGACUGUGUUCACAAGACCAACUGGAACCAUAUCGCUGCACUUUUGUUUAGCGUGGAUUACCAUGCGUCUCGCGGGCGUCUGCUGGAGCCGCUAGUAACUAUGGCCACCUUGGUGCGUCUAGCUGAGCAGCAAGGCUACCACCAACUUGGAUCCGCUAUGGAAGACGAGCAGCAGUGGCAGCAGGCUCCGGACAGCAAGCUGGUCUGCGUGUCAGCCGUGACCGCCACUAGUCGCCCUGGCGCUUGGGUUCGCCCAACUACGACCUCUACCAGCCUGCCUGAUCGCUCACACUUGGUUCGAGAAGCUGCUCGUCGACUGUGGUAUCGGAUUAUGGUGAAGGACAUGGUGCUGGGAACUGUCGUUCGCCGUGUAUCACAGAUCGACCCCUCUAGGGCGAACACGAUGGCGCCCUUGAAUGUCGACGAAGAGGAUUUACCCGAUGGCGAAUCCCACAUCCUACCCACUCUCAAGGAAGAUGGCCGCCCCACUAUCAACAACUUAACACCGUACUUGUAUCAGAUUGCGAAUUUGGGUCGCGAAUGGUCUACUAUGGUCCAAUCCGGUACACUCUCCUACACACUUGUGCUCGAGCUAGACACCAAGUUCCGUAACCUCUUGUCGACCUUGCCCAUCUAUCUGAGGCCCGAUCCCACUCUCGAGCAGCUGCCGGAAGUUCGCCAUGAGCAGGCACAACGCCCUUACCUUGCUAUGCACCGUCUUUCCGUCUUUGAGGCUGUCAACCAUCGUCUUCUUAUGCUGCACCGUGACUUUAUGUGCCUUGGCCACCGUGACAAAAAGUAUGCAUACUCUACACGCGUCGCUGUCGAUGCCGCGCGCACCAUGAUUUCAUGUCGCCAGCAAAUUGACAAUGUUCAUCCCUCUGUUCAACGUCAUGCCUCAUUCCGUCACCAUCUAUUCCAGGCUGCUAUUGUGUUGUCGCUCCAUCUGCUCGAACUCGCCAACACCGCGCAAGGAUCGUCUCAGGUGGCUCACCAGCUUCGAGGCGAUAUUGGUCUGAUUAUGGACUAUCUUUCCGGUUCUGCAGAGAUCCGUCAGUCACUGCCUCAGUGUCAGAAAGUGGCCUUAAAGCUGAUUGAGUUGCUAUUGACCGCUGCCAACUCGCGCCAAGAAAAGUUGGAUGCUGCUAAUGCUUCAUCCAAGUCAGUGACAAAUCCCUCGUCUACGUUGCCCAUCGGCAUGGACAACGAAAAUACGAGCAAUCUGUUUCAUUUGGGUACUGGAACGACUGCGGCAACAGAUCCCGUGGCGGACGCGGCCUCUGUCUUUUCUGCUCAGAUGCUUGAUCCAGGCUUCGCAUCCAACCCAUCACUGUCUGAGUUCUUUACGUCUUUGGACGAACUCAUGAUCCCCAUUUACUAG